CCAUCGCCACUUGCGUGGCAAACAUCUGUGCAUAAAUGCACGCACGUGGAGGUGCGAGCAUGCUCGAAUUACCUCUCAUCAGCCGCCAGAGAAACAGAGCCCCGUGCUCGAGCUAUUGCCAGGACAAGAGAGCUCAGUCAGUAGUGAUCAUCGGCGAUAUGGCGGCGGCGGCAGGCGAUGGGGCGACGAGGCGGAAGACGGCGUGCGUCACCGGCGGCAGCGGGUACAUCGCGUCGGCGCUCAUCAAGAUGCUGCUGGAGAAGGGCUACGCCGUCAAGACCACCGUCAGAAACCCCGAUGACGCGGAGAAGAACGCGCAUCUCAAGGCCUUGGCAGCGCUCGGCCCCUUGGAGGUCUUCCGCGCCGAUCUGAGCGAAGAGGGCAGCUUCGACCACGCCGUCGCCGGCUGCGACUACGCCUUCCUCGUCGCCGCUCCGGUGGCCCUCAUGCCAGAGAACCCCGAGAAAGACGUGAUCGAGCCGGCCGUCCACGGGACCCUGAACGUGAUGAGGUCGUGCGUGAGAGCGGGGACGGUGAAGCGAGUGGUCCUCACAUCGUCGGUGGCGGCGGUGUCCAGCCGGCCGCUGGAAGGCGACGGCCAUGUCCUCGGCGAGGAAUCCUGGUCCGACGUGGAGUUCCUCAGAUCAACAAAGACCGGUCCUUGGGCGUACUCUGUCUCGAAGGUGCUUGUGGAGAAGGCGGCGUGCGCGUUCGCGGAGGAGAACGGCGUCAGCCUGGUCACCGUGUGCCCUGCCGUGACUGUUGGCGAGGCGCCGGCGGCGAACGACCUCACCAGCGUCGGCACCAUCCUCUCCCUGCUAUCAGGGGAUGAUGCGUAUGCCGGCGCCCUGGAACACAUCGAGAGGGCGACGGGCUCCAUCCCAAUGGUGCACAUCGACGACGUCUGCCGAGCGGAGAUAUUCGUCGCGGAGGAGGAGGCGGCGUCGGGGAGGUACAUCGUGUGCGGCCUCAACCCCACCGUCGUCGAGAUUGCCCGCUUCUUGGCUGCCAAGUACCCGCAGUACAAGGUCAAUACAGAUAGGUACGCACCAAUGUCUUGGCCAUGGUUCAGAGAUUUCCCCGAGAAGCCGAGAGUCUGCAUUUCUUCGGCGAAGCUCGUCAAGGAAGGGUUUGAGUACAAGUACAAUAACCUGGACGGGAUAUAUGGCAGCGUCGUCGAGUAUGGAAGGGCCUUGGGAAUCCUUCCCUACUAAGUACGUAUGAUCGAUCGUAGAAACAGACGAUGCGCUGGAAGCAAAAUAAGCUUAGUCUCCUGAAGUACACAAAUGAUGAAACGUGGGUGUUCAGUUUAUAUGAAAAAUGUACUUGUAUGGAAAGUGAUGGCUCCAUGUCGGCAUGUCCUAACAUCAUGAACGUUCUUCGAAUAA